AUGACAACAAAGGAGGAGGAGGAGGCAAACUGUUUAAAGAGCUUUCAAAAUCUGGCAAAUUUAGGAGGAUUGAGAGCUCGCUUGUCCUUGAAGCAAGCAACAUCCGACCUUUGUAACGAAGACGAAGACUGCAGGCCUUGGCGUCGUAGAUUGUUUAUGGCUUUCACCUGGGGUUCUGCUCUUCGGAUCACUCUUUUGAUUCUUCUUGUUGCCGCUGUUGUUUUCGCUUUUUUUACUCUCCCUGUUGAAAAGGGCUGGGCUGUUGCAUAUAUUCCUCUGACAGUUUUGGCGGUUCCAGCAUCCGUGCUUACUCUUGGUGGUGGUUAUCUUUUUGGCCUGCCAGUGGGCUUUGUUGCUGAUUCUGUUGGUGCAGCUGCUGGUGCUGGGGCUGCAUUUCUUCUUGGCCGAACUAUAGGAAAAUCAUUUGUUGUUUCUAAGUUGAAAGAUUAUCCACAAUUUCGGUCAGUUGCCAUCGCCAUUCAGAGAUCUGGUUUUAAGAUUGUUUUGCUGCUUCGGCUUGUUCCUUUGCUCCCAUUUAAUAUGUUGAAUUACCUCCUAUCUGUGACUCCUGUUCCAGUAGGAGAAUACAUGCUAGCUUCCUGGCUAGGAAUGAUGCCGAUAACUCUUGCAUUAGUAUAUGUUGGAACAACUCUCAAGGAUCUGUCUGAUGUGACACAUGGAUGGAGCGAGUUCUCUAAAACUCGUUGGGCAUUUCUCGUUUCAGGUCUUCUGGUAUCUGUAAUUUUAAUGGUUUGUGUUACCAAAGUUGCUAAGUCUGCUUUGGAGAAAGCUUUGGCCGAAAAUGAGGAUAUAGAUGGUGUAUUUGGCUCACCGCAGUUGCCAAUUGUGGGUGAAACACCCGUGGAUCUCAAUCAACCUCUCAUAAUCAAGAUAGACCAUGUCGACGACAAUCAUGAAAAAUGA